AAACAGACGAUUAAAGCGGUAGCGAUAUAAUUAGCGGUCUAGUUUGCGUAAAUUAGGCCCGCGCGCGCUCAGGGUGGUCAUGGGAGGUGUAGUUUCUACGUCAUAACUCCUCGUGUUCAUAAACAAGUGCAUUAGAGUAACGUGUUUUUUAUGUAAUAUAAUGCGUAUGAAAUUGUGGGAUCGGUUUUAUUUAUUUAAUUGGUAUUGCUUAUUAUUAUACUUCGUUUUUGCAUUUAUAAAAAAAAAACUAUAUUGUUUGAAAAAAAAACUCGUUUUGUGAUUGGUUGGGGAAAAAAGACCCGGGGCGCGCAAAGCAUUGUGGGAAGAGGAUGGCCUCCGUGUUGACUCCUCCAGGCCACACAAAGCACUAGAGUGCCGAAUAAAGUCGCUAAUUUCCACUGAAUUAAUCAAAAGGACUGGGUAAAAGAAAUACUUUUAAUAAAAUAAAAGUUUUGGUUUAAAUUGUAUGAAAUAAAAAACAGGCGCGAUGCCGAAUUUCUGCGCGGCUCUGCACUGCUCCCGGAUGAGCUCCCACUCCGUACUGGCGUUCUUCAGGUUUCCGCGGGAUCCGGAGAGGUGUAAGAAGUGGGUGGAAAACUGCAGUCGGUCAGAUCUGAGAGAUAAAACACCGGAACACUUGAACAAGUAUCACAGACUGUGUGCCAGACACUUCGAACCAGAUCUGAUUUUAAAAACUAGCCCGUUCAGGACGGUUCUGAAGGACACGGCGAUCCCCACCAUCUUUGACCAUCCAAACCUCAAACGGGCAAAUGAACAGCAGGAAGAAGAAGACUGUCCACCAGAGAAACUGCAGCGAGUGGAGGAGAAUCAGGACAAGGAUAAAGAGAAUGCCACAGAGAGCACCAAUGGCCAAGAGCCUCCUGAAGAACCGCAGGUCUUGGACAAGGACCAGGACGAGCGAGAGUACCUGCGUUCCCUGUUUGAUGUUGUGGUGAUGAUGGGACGUCAGAACAUCCCCCUGCAGGGCCACGCCGACAAAGAACCCAGGAGCAAAGCCUUCACUCCGAGCAACUUCCAGGCUCUGCUGGAGUUCCGCAUCAACGCCGGCGACGAGGCUCUCCGGAGGAGGUUCGAGACCUCACGCACCAGCUUGGAAUUCUGCUCAUCCACGCAGCUGCGGCAGAUCCUGGAGGUGGGCGAGAAGUGCGUUUGCAAAGAGCUCCUGUCCGAGGUGAAGGAGGCACGCUUUUUCUCUCUGGUCAUGGAGAACGUCGAGGAUAUCGCCGGGGAGAACCGGGUUCCCACAUUCGUGCGCUUUGUGGAUCAAAACAACCGUCUGCGCGAGGAGUUUCUCGGAUUCCUGGGGUUCGAAGGAGACGCAGAGAGCGUCGCCGAAAGCCUCUGCACAGAGAUAUUCGAGAGGAACGGGCUGAGCAUGGAGGACUGCAGGGGCCAGACGUUCUUCAGCACUGGCGUCCACUCGUCUAAAGCGAAAGCCGUCGCCGCCAAACUGAGCGAGCGCUACCCGUUAGCAGUGCUCACUCCCAGCUCUGCCCACGCCCUAAACAUCUGCCUGGCCAACAGCAUGGACCUGACAAGCGUGCACCUCGUCACAUCAACCCUGAACAAGAUCGAUGCCUUCUUCAGCAGGUCUCCUGUCCUGCUCGAUCAGCUGGAGAGCGCCAUUUCCAUCUACUACCAGGGGAACGAGGAGAAAGCAAGCGCCCUCAAGCAGGCGUGUCGGAGCGACUGGACUCAUCAACACGACACCUUCGAGGUGGCCAUCGAUCUCCUGGAGUCUCUGCUGCUCUGCAUGGACAGCAUCCAUGACAACGAGGAGCAGAAAUGGAGUGACGAGAUCGCGCACAAGGCGUUUGUCGUCUCCGAGGCGCUGGCAGACUUCGAGUUCGUGAUGGCAUUGGUGGUCCUGAAGAACACGCUCUCCUUUUCCAGGGCUUUCGGGAAGAACCUGCAGGGCCAAACCAAUGAGGUCUUCUUUGCCGCCAACAGCUUGACCGCAGUCCUGCACUCACUCAACGAGGUCCUUGAGAACAUAGAGGUGUAUCACGAGUUCUGGUUUGAGGAAGCGGUCAACCUCGCCGCCGCCUUGGAGAUCCCUGUCAAAAUCCCCCGACUGUUCUUCAGGAAGCAGCCCCGACGCCGGGACGAGAUCCAGCCAGAGACCUACUACAAAGUCCACCUGACGUUCCCGGUUGUCAGUCAGGUUAUCAAGGAGCUGAGCGAGUUCUUCUCCGAGAACCACCUGAAUGCGCUCAGAUCCCUGUCCUUCGUCCCGGCGAUCAUGUCGCAGCUGAAGUUCAACACGGAGGAGAGCAGCGCAGAUGUCUACAAGAACGACCUUCCCAACCCCGAGACGCUUCCCACCGAGCUCAACUGCUGGAAGAUCAAAUGGAAGCACGGCACCAAGAACGUCAUGGUGCCCUCCACCAUCUACGAGACGCUCCAGCUGUCUGAUGUCAAGUUCUUCCCCAAUGUCUGUGCGCUUCUCAAGGUCCUCCAGUGCCUCCCCGUGCAGUCACUUGCGGACGAGGGGUGCAGCGAGGCCAGGAGGCGUCUGACGGCGUACCUGAAGGACACGCCCCCCAAACACAGACACAAAAGCCUGGCGCAGUUUAGUAUCAACUGCACAGUGAGGGUGGACGUAGACCUGAUGGUCGAGGCAUAUCUGUUGGCGUAUCCUGAUAAAGACACCACAGAGGAACCUGCGUGAUCCACACACACACACACACACACACACACACACACACACACACACACACACACACACACACACAGGUGCAACACGCCAGAAACCUGAAUUAGCGUAAUUUCAUUGUUCGCUAAUUCAGCGCAGUGACAGGUGUUGCUAUGGGAACAAGGGCGGAGCUUGAAUUAUCUUAGACCAUCCAAUCACAACCAUGAUCUUAGGACAUCACCACUGGGCAUCGUGAAAUGGGAUGACCUUUCCAAAAGGGAUGACCUUCCUUCAACCUUGUUUUUUUUUUUUCCCCAAUACACUUCUAUUCUUCCUUCGUUUCUUUCUGUCCUUAUUUCUGAGGAUAAAUGUAUAAUCAGAGCAGAAAGACAGUUGAUGGCGUACUUCCUGAUUGGCUGAUCGAGUGUAAAAGAAGCUCCACCCACUCUGAUCCAAGAAAUGCAGUCACAGUGCACCUGUGCAGACACACACUUCCUGCUUCCCUUCCCCUGUUUUUACCUUUUACUAUUAUUUGUACAUUCAGCUGUGUGUGUGUGUGUGUGUGUGUGUGUGUGUGUGUGUGUAAGAGAUAUUGAAUGUGAAUUUAUAAUUGUCAGUGUUUUUGUUUUGUUAUAAUGAAGUUUUUGUUCUCAACAGCUUGUAAAAAACGCAUUUUGCUUACACAAUGGGGGUAAAUAAAUAUUUUACUUUAGGCAGAAUAAAGUGCAUCUGUUCGAUA